AUGAACCCAAGCCGAACUCUCCUCAAUCGAUCUGACAUCCUAACAAAUGGCUCAUUUGUUAUUCUCGGGGGUGGGCUUGCUGGAUUGACCUCUGCUUAUUACCUGUCCAAGGGCCUUCCAGCUGGCUCUCAAGCCAAAAUUACCUUGCUUGAGCGUUCCGAUCGUUUUGGUGGUUGGGUUCACAGUCCUAAUGUUGGACGUGAUGAACGGUGUGUGUUUGAGGGUGGUCCAAGGAGUGUUCGCCCGAAAGGCUUGAGUGGCUUGAUGACCCUUGAUCUGGUUAAAGACUUGGGCUUGCUUGAUGCGUUGAUUUCUAUACCGACAACACAUCCAUCAGCGAAAAAUCGUUAUAUCUAUACUCCACAUGGACUUCAGAAGUUACCAUCCUCGAUCGCUAGCCUGAUUUCAUCGAUAUUUCGAUCGCCCAUCUCAGCCUUACCAGCUGCGGUUUUCAAGGAUCUCACUUCAGGUCCUGGGUCUGGUACACUCGAGGAUGAAAGCGUGAAGAGCUUCAUCACCCGUCGCUUUGGGCCUAGAAUCGGAGACGAGCUCAUCAGUGGAAUGGUUCACGGAAUUUAUGCCUCUGAUUAUGGUACACUCAGUGCACGCAGUAGUGUCUUUGGUCCUCUGUGGGAACUUGAGCGGCGGCACGGGAGUGUGAUAAAAGGUUUGCUGGCAAAGAAGGCACCAUCUGACGCGGUGGUCGCAAAUGAAGAACUUAUCAGCCGACUCAGCAGCUCUUUACCUCCAGAGGUCAGGACCGCUAGUGUCUGGGGACUCAAGAACGGACUCGAGACACUCACAAAGAAAAUGACAGAGUGGCUAAUCGGUCGACCUAACGUUGAAUUGCGGAAGGAUGAGCCAAUGUGCUUACCAUGUGUGCGUCGUUCGAAAUCCCAGAUCACCACACCCGCGCACCAACACACAGCGGACUUCGUCAUAUCUGCAAUACCGCCCCGCGCACUCCAUGAUAGUCUUCAUCAUGAUUUCAAGAACCAAAUCGCUAGUCUAGGCCACAACCCUGCCGUCACAGUUGCAGUCGUCAAUGUUGCUUACCGAUCUAAGCGAAGGAUAAUUCCAGUCCCACCAGCGUUUGGCUACCUCAUACCCGCUAGCAUUGGGCCAGAUAUCAAUCCGCAUCGAGUUCUGGGAGUCGUGUUUGAUAGUGAUAUGAUGCCAGGUGUCGAAAGCACGACAUCAAGAGGCCACACGGAAGACUUGACAAAACUGACAGUUAUGCUCGGUGGGCAUUUUUACAGCGACCUUCCGAUACCCUCUUUGGACGUUUUGAAACAUCAAGCACUAGAAGCGCUUGAACAGCAGCUGGAGAUCAACGAGAAACCAUUAUACAUUAAUGCAACCCUUCAAAGAGAUUGUAUUCCACAGUAUCUUGUUGGCCAUCACCGUCGAAUGAGUGGUCUACACCAUGCUCUGCAAGGCCGAGGUUUAGCUCUGGUCGGGUCUGGAUACGGCGGCGUGGGGGUAAAUGAUGUCGUAAAGGGCUGCAGAGAAACAGUCGAAUUGAUUUUGAAAGCUGGGAGUGCUACAGGAUUAGAAUCUUUCAAUUGACUGCUCUCUAUGGCUUAGUUCAUCAGUUCUUCAAAUGUCUUUCUACACUUUCUGUCUAGGCGCUCUUAAUCUGGUCCGAAUUUGUUAGCCAAAUAAUCACAAUUGUCACACCU